AUGACCGAGGUCGAAGAGGCCCCCGCGCUGUACCCGUGCGCCGAGGCCGAGCCCCAGUCCCCGCGCGACGUCACCCCGGGUUUCGUCGGCGAAAAGCCGUCCCGUCUGCCCCCGUCAUCCAUCGUCACGCGAGUUGACACCAUGGCGCUGGUCAACGUCCACUUCCACCUCGGCGCCGAGCACAGGUCGGAGGGUGAGUACGACACGACAAAACCCUCGGACGACACGGAAGCGAGGAGGAGGCUCCGCAGGCUCCUAGACUCCGGCGACCCCGCUUUACCUCUCGAAACCCACGGCUAUUACUGCGACCAGUCACCCGGUUACGUCGAGAAGCGGGACGCCGGCGGCUUGGGCGAGUACGCUUUUGAGCACUGCGAAAACGUCGAGGUUGGCCAAACCUACGAAGUGCACUGGGUUUACUCCACCGGCGCCGCCGCGGAGGAAUCCGAGCGACUCGCGCCCGGCCUCGGCGGCGCGAUGAGCACGCAGGUAAACCCCACCGUCGCGGUCCGCGCCCAGGUGUUCUACGUGACCGCGGACCGAGGAGACGACCUCGAGGGCCUCGCCUUUUCCGGUUGGCAAUCGGAGAUGAUCGGCGACGGCGACGCGGCGUACUAUUCCGGUUCGACCACCGGGCGCGGGUACGACAACGACGCGUCCUGCUCGCCCGUGCAGGUGUCUUGGAACGUCGACAGAAGAUGCCGGGCGGUGAGCGCCGCGUCGUUGGACGCGAUGUGCGCGGCGAUGAGGGAGCGCGGUAUGGAAGCGGACGCGGCGCCGCAGGGGUCGAGGGACCUGGUGACUGAGGCGCUGUCCGCGACGGAGGCGUACGACAUGACCAGGGAGCAGAUCGACGCAAACUGA